GCACCGACAGAAAACGCGGCCGCCAGACUUACACCAGGUACCAGACCCUGGAGCUGGAGAAGGAAUUCCACUACAACCGGUACCUGACGAGGAGGAGACGCAUCGAGAUCGCCCAUGCCCUGUGUCUCACCGAGAGACAGAUCAAAAUCUGGUUCCAGAACAGGCGCAUGAAGUGGAAAAAGGAAAAUAAAACUGCCUGCUCCGGCUCCAACAGCCAGGAGAAACCAGAUGCGGAGGACGACGAGGAAGAGUGA